AAAUUCCCAGAUACAUAACUCUCUUUCCUAUAUAAACCUCCACUCUGUUUUCCUACAAGCAGAACCAGUGAUCAAGAACAUUACAGAUUCCAAUUGUGAUCAAAAGCAAAGCAUAUCAACUAUCAUCAUGUCUCUCAUUCCAAGCUUCUUCGGUGGUCGACGAAGCAACGUCUUCGAUCCAUUCUCUCAAGAAUUGUGGGACCCCUUUGAAGGAUUCCCUGUCUCCAAUUCCUCUGCUUGCGAGACCACGGCCAUAGCCAACACGCGUGUGGACUGGAAGGAGACGCCGGAGGCUCACGUGUUCAGCGUCGACCUCCCUGGGCUCAAGAAGGAGGAGGUGAAGGUGGAGGUUGAGGACGGCAGCGUGUUGCAGAUAAGCGGGGAGAGAAGCAGGGAGCAGGAACAGAAGGAUGAUAAGUGGCACCGCGUAGAGAGGAGCUCCGGGAAGUUCAUGAGGAGGUUCCGGCUGCCGGAGAAUGCUAAAAUGGAUCAGGUUAAGGCUGCCAUGGAGAAUGGGGUGCUCACUGUUACUGUGCCUAAGGAGGAAGAGAAGAAGCCUGAGGUUAAGUCUAUUCAGAUUUCUGGUUGAAUCAAUCUUCUGGAAUGUGCAGUCUCUCUCUUUCAAACAAGUUUGUCAUGUUAUCUGUCUCUUUUGUGAAAUGUUGUCCUGUCUUGUUUUUGUUUAUGUAUGGGCUAUAUAUAUGUAAGGUUUUGCUAUUAAGGUGAUUGUAAAGGUUUGGCAUAUCAAUAAAGAGUUAUUUCAUAAAUUAUGAAGCA